CUUCCUACAUUGUUCAUUUCGAUUUCGAUUUUCGAUUUUUCUUCGCGUUUUGUGUGUUGGCGUCUAAUAUAUAUUAUAUUGUGCGUGUAUAUAUAUAUAUAUAAAUUGUGUUUUUGCUAAAAUUUUCUAGCUUUUGUUGUUUUUUUUUGUUUGCCAUUACGAUCAGACAGAGAGAGAACCGAUCCGAUUGGAUUGCCAAGUUUUUUUCAUUCAUUCAUUGAAAUUCAACGAAAUCGUUCAUACUACUUUUCACUUGACAUACAUUACGUUUUGGCCAAUAAAAACUAGAAAUUCUUUUUUUUCCAUUCAAUAAUUCUGUGUGUGUGUGUGUGUGUUUUUCGUAUUCUGGUCGUCAGUAUUCAGAUAAACUCACAACAUUGAUCACGUGUUUAAAGUGUUUUUAGUGUGUGUUUUGUUAAUGUGAAUGUGUGUUUGUGAUUUUAUUUUCCAUUUUUGUAAUUAAAUUUUGUUUUCUACAAAAAAAAUUAAAAAAAAUGUCGAAAUUAUUACAGGAACGUUUACGUUUCCGUCUAUUACGGGCCGUAUUAUUUGUAUCGAAUGUAACAUCAUUGAUCAUCAAUGUAUUGAUCCUGAUAUUUGGUUUGGAUUUUAUUAAGGCAUUUAUUCGUGUACCGGAUGCAACCGAUCCAACUGUACGAACAUUUGCCAUUAUUGAAUGCUGUCUUUGUACAAUAGCCAUUAUUGGUAUUAUAAUGCGUAAUUUUUACACAUUUACCGUUUAUACCGUACUAUUGAUUGUUUAUCUUGUUUGUGCGGCUAUUUUCACUCGUGUACCGGUUGGUUGGUUUUUCUUACUUGGUUUCAUAUUGGUUUCAUUGGCCGUAUUAUUUGAUUAUCUAUUAUGGCUAAAUCGUAAACAAUUGAAACAAAUGAAACGUGAAAAUCCAUAUAAAAUCUAGUUUGAUGAAUUUUUUUAUUAAUUCUUUUAAAAUUUUCAUCACUCGACAUCAUCAUCAUCAUCAUCAUCCUAAUCA